AUGCCGGUCGUCAAGGGAGGAGUCUGGACGAACAUUGAGGAUGAAAUUCUCAAGGCGGCCGUGUCCAAAUAUGGACUCAACCAGUGGGCGCGGGUGUCUUCGCUGCUGGCGCGCAAGACGGCCAAGCAGUGCAAAGCGCGAUGGGCCGAAUGGCUAGAUCCUGGCAUUCGGAAGAUUGAAUGGAGCCGCGAGGAAGACGAGAAGUUGCUACAUCUGGCCAAGUUAAUGCCGACGCAAUGGCGCACCAUCGCCCCGAUUGUCGGACGCACCGCGACCCAGUGCCUGGAACGAUAUCAGAAACUACUAGACGAAGCCGAGCAGCGGGAGAGUGCCGAGUUUGGUUUGGCGGGUCCAGAAGGUGGAGAGUCUCAGGCUCCAUCGGCGGAUGAUGUGAGGAAACUGCGGCCUGGCGAGCUGGACCCGGACCCGGAGAGUAAACCUGCUCGUCCGGAUACCGUCGACAUGGAUGAGGAUGAAAAGGAGAUGCUGAGCGAGGCUCGUGCACGUCUUGCCARCACACAGGGAAAGAAGGCGAAGCGCAAAGCUCGUGAGAGGCAGUUGGAGGAGAGCAGGCGCCUGGCCGUAUUGCAGAAGCGGAGAGAGUUGAAGAGUGCUGGCAUCAACAUCAAAGUCACAACCAAGAAAAAGGGACAGAUGGACUACAACGCAGACAUUCCUUUUGAAAGGGCUCCUGCCCCGGGCUUUUACGACACAAUCGACGAAAAGGCGGCAAAUGAGCACGAACGGGAAAUGUUCGAUCCACGGAAGCAGCAAUUGGCCAACAAACGAAAGGGAGAUGGGCAGGAUGACGGUGCGCAAGAGAGUAAGCGGAGGAAGAAUGACAAGGAUGGAGGAGCCAGUGCUUUUGCCGCUGCUGCAAAGGCCGGCCAAGCGCAACGGAUUCGCGAGGCCGAACAGAGCAGCAAGCGACGCGGUUUGGUUCUUCCAGCUCCCCAGGUCAGCGAGGGUGAAAUGGAGGAUAUUGUYAAGAUGGGCAUGUCUGGGCAAAGAGCACACACUCUGGCAUCGAGUGCGGAGAAUGAUGCGACGAGAGGACUGCUCGCCAACUACUCCAACACUGUUGGUGCCACUCCCAUCCGAACACCUCGUGCCCCACAAGAAGAGGAUCGUAUUGCGAAUGAGCUUCGGGAUGCCCGCGCAAGGACCGAGACCCAGUCUGUACUUUUGGGUGGUGAAAACACUCCCAUGGCGGAGAGCGGUUCUACAACUGGCUACAAUGGUGUCGCUCCCUCGAAGCAGACCUACGCGACCCCCAAUCCCAUGGCUACACCCCGCGCAGGAUCAUCAAACAUUCCCGGCGCGACUCCUGCACGCGACAACUUCAGACUGAACCAAGAAACGGGGGCUAUGGAACUUGUUGGCCAGACACCACGAGACAUCCGUCUUCGUGAGCAAUCUCUUCGCUCGUCCCUUCGCGGCAAGCUCGCCAGUUUACCCAAACCACAACAAUCCGAAUUUGAACUCGAAGCYAUGCCCGAAGAACAACCCGAGUWCGCCACGGCCGCGGAGUUGAGCAGUGAAGAUGCCGCGAUCCGCGAUGCACGUGCCGCAGCCUUGGCUCAGGCAAGAGCGCAGGCAGAGUUCCGCCUGCAAACCCGUGUGGUGCAGCGUGGCUUGCCUCGACCAAAGUUUGUUGAUGUAGAUGCUAUGCUUAGACGUGCACAGGCGAUUGAAGAUGACGUAGAGAGGCAGAUUGAGACGGAAAUGGCAGUUCUCAUUGCGAACGAUGCACAGAAGUUUGGAGGCGCCAAGAUUCCGAAGAACGCCACGAGACCAAUCAUAACUUCAUUUAAAGAAGAGGAUAUGCAAAGGGCGCAGAUGGAGGUUGUACUUGAGAUGGGUCAAGACGCUGAUCGGAGACAGUUCGGCGCUGCGUUUGAAAGAGAAUGGGAGCGUGCGCAUGCUUCUACUGUCCUGCCUGGUUUAGCUGGUUAUGCGGAGGACGAGUUGGAUGAAGAGCAGCUUUUGACCGAGUCUUUCGAUGCAAUCCAAACGACCAUCGAGCACGUUUCCGACAAGGGUAAUGGGUUGGAAAAGAAGCUCGCGAAACUUCAGGGAGGUUAUCUGGCGAGAUCGAAAACUUUGAGGCAGAAGAUUUUGGAAKCGAGCGAGGCAUUGGCAAAGACGAAGCUCGAUGCCGCGGUAGGUCGGCAAGCGCUUGCGAGUGAAGAGGCGAGCAUUGCUGGACGACUCGAAGCUGCCAGGGAGGCAGUUGCAUUUGUUGCUAGAAGGGAGCGAGAGGGUCAAGACACUUUCCGAGCUGCGAGGGAAGAGCUUGAGGCAUUGCAAUGA